AUGGCGAAUGCACACUCACCAGGCGGUGGUUAUCGUAGAGGCGAUGGUGCGCAAGAAGAGAAUCUUUUUCGUCGUUCUGAUUACUUCCGAAGUCUUGACAUGGAUCUUGAUGAUGGAAAACCAACUGCUCGUUUUUACUGUACAUCAACAUGUGAAUUAAAACCGUUAAUUGAACGUGAUCGAAUGUAUCCGAUGGAUGAAUUCGGAGCGAUCUAUACAUCAGGAUUAACAGUUUUUCGUCAACCUGAAAAUGUUGGCUAUGCUUUCAUGGAUAAACCAAUGUUCAAUGUGUGUGCUAUAGCUAUAGCUGCUUAUCGAGAGCCAAAAUUGAAUAAUAAUGAUAAAAAUCUCUUGAGCUCGAAAUAUUCGAUUGGCAUGCGUAAGAAAAUUGAAAAUAUCUUUGCUAUUGCUCAUCAUCAUAAUCACGAUUGUCUUGUUCUUUCUGCAUUUGGCUGUGGUGCUUUUCGAAAUCCACCUAAACAUGUUGCAACCAUAUUCAAAUCGGUUAUCGAACAAUAUGGAGGAUUCUUCAAGAAAAUCUGCUUUGCUAUUAUUGAUGAUCACAAUACUGGUCAAGAAUUUAAUCCUCAUGGAAACUUUCGACCUUUUCAAGAAGUAUUCGAUGGUUGUAAAAUCAAACCCAUGCAACAGAAAAUGCUCGAUAUGAUGAUUGGACCUUGGCGUCUUUUCAAUGAGACAAAUAAAGAAGAAAUUAUCUUAAGCGGCGUUCGAAUUUAUUAUUUACCUCCGUGUCGUUAUGGAGGCAGAUGUCGAGACUUAGAAAACAAACAACACUGUCGUGAAUAUAUGCAUCCACCACUAUGUCCGUACACCGACAGCUCCAAAGAUUGCGAACUAAAGGACAAUAAUGAUCAUAUGCUUUGGUUUAGACAUCAAAUAAAAUGUUCGCAGGGUGCUAAAAGUCAAUUAAUCGACAAUCGCAUGAACUUAAAUCAACUUGAACAUCCGAAAAUCAGUGGUGAUGAAAGGCAAUGCGUGAACAUGAAUCGCAAAUAUGCAAAGCUCGAUAGAAAUGUAUCUUUGGACGAUGAUAAUACUAUGGGUACGGAAUAUGAUGUUUAUAAUAAAAAACGCAUAGCAGAAGAAAGUCAUUCGCUUCUACAAACUUGUCCGUUUACGCCAUUUCUUUGUCGACAGCAUACUUUACUAUCAGAAUCGAAAAAUAUUCAAGCGGUAUCACUUGAUGCUCAAAACCAUUGUCGUGAGUUUUUACACGUGUGUCGAUUUGGUCGUCAAUGUCGGGAAACAUCGAGUUUACAUUUGGAAAAAACCAUUCAUAUCGCACGUAGCAUGUGUCCAUACGGAGAUAGAUGUUCAAAACUUGGUGACGAAGAUCAUUUGAAUUCAGUUUCACAUGUAGAAAUUGCUGAUAUUCGUCGUCUAUGUCAGUUUCCAGCCUACAAGUGUCGAGAUCUACAAAAACUCGAACAUAUUAAACGAUAUCGACAUUAUGGAAGUUACGAUUGUAAUAGUAUCAUUCAAUACUGUGGACUAAAUAAACAUAUAGAUUUUGUUCAAAAUCAAAAGAAAAUGAUCGAAACAAUUACCGAUUAUGCUAAAAAAUUGCAAUCGAAAGCUCCACUAUCAAUUCCAAAUUUAAUUCUAAAAUACAUUAAAGAAUUACGACCAGUUUAUCAAUGUUCAAAAGCAGUUUUUGAGUUAAUACUCGUUCAUGGUCAUGUUAUGUCUUGCAAACAUAUAGAUGAACUACAAAUGCCGAAAUUCUUAAUUCAAACUAUUCAACGAAACAAAAAAGUUGCAUCAAUAAUCACAGAACAUAAAAACCAAUCAUUUGAAGACCAUAUGAAAGAUUAUAUUAAAGCUAUUAUCUCUAUUGAAUAUAGUAAACGAGCUAAUCAAAUUAAACCUACCAUGGCUAAUACAAGAACUACUUCUUCUCAACUAUCAACAAUAGCAACACCUGAUGAAGACUUUAACAAUACUAUCCGUAAAGAAGAGAGGUUUUUGAAAGAUAAAUUAAGUCCAACGGAUAUUGAUAUUAUUCGCCGACAUGCCAUAGAAAUGGCUGAAGCAUCAUUGAAUCCUGAGAUUAAUUCCACUAGUAUUCAAAAGACAUCUGACGAAUUAUGCAGUUCUGACGAACAUAUUUAUACUAUUUUUGGUCCACAACUUCGUCAUGAUUAUGGAGAUAUUGUUCUUGUGUUUAAACAACAAGUGAUGCAUCAUCCGGAUGCGAACUUUUCCAUUCAACCGGAGGCCUCAUUUUUUAAUGGAUCUACAUUCAUUCAUAGACCAUGGAUCAAGGAUUCAGGUACACUCAACAAACGAAUCAUGCAAUUCCAGGAAUCGAAAUUACAUUGCUCAAUACUUGGAUAUGAGUAUUCAGCAGCAGCUGAGCUUAUGGCUGCGACAGGUCGACACAAGAAAACAAUGGACGUCGAUCUGAAAGCAAUCAUUAAACAUUUGACAAGUGUUGAUUCAGAUCAAGUAUUCGAAAGUCAUUUGCCUGAUUUAAUACAUCUGGAUUACAUAGAAGAAGUUUACAUACCGAAGAAUCUCUUUGCAUCUCUUACAACUGCAGCUCAAAUGUCAGCAAAAUCCAUUUUUCGUGACGCAUUGCAUAUAACAAAUCAUGAAAUCAAUCUUAGUCCUACAGCUAGUAGAGAAUCACGUGUAUUGGAGAAGAAUCGUACUGAAUAUCAGCACUAUGUUAUUGAUCAAUUGGCUGGAAAGAAGAUCCAAAAUAUUGACCGUGCACAAAAUUUACGCGGCACUGUUAUCACUUUACCAUCGAGUUGUUUUGUUGAGCAUGUCGCAUUACCUUUCACAAUAUCGCAAAUUUUUGAUCAAUAUCUUCGAAAUAAAAAGCAAGAUUCAGUUUCCAAUGAAAUCUACAUUUAUUUUCAAGCAAUGCAUGGUGAUGUGAUGAUCACAUUAUCGAAUGAACGAAUUGAUACUGUUGAAAGCCGGAGACAUAUUCAAUGCCUCGUAUGCUAUAUUGCUGAGACACCAUCUACCACAUCAAGUGAUUAUCAAGAAUCAUAUUCGUAUUUGAAUUAUGGUGAUCCAUUCCAGCAUGCGUCUAUUAUGGAUAGACAUUCGUUUUUAGCCUAUUCAAAUACAUUCCAUCGUAAUUGUAAUGUAGAUGGUUUUGUUAAUUAUUGUUUAAAACUCGAAAAAAACACCGGUCAAGUGACACUUUCACAUGCUGGACCGAAUAGUAUCUACAAUUAUGAAACGAUUUCCCAUAAAUUUACAAAAUCCAAUAUUGAUUUGAAUGAUUUAAAUUAUAUUCACGUCAGUGCUGGUUCACAUCAAGUACCUAUUCGAAAUAUGAUGGUUUGCUUUCAUCAAGUACCCGAUUUGCAUCCUUCAUUUGAAAAAAAUUUUAAACGAAACAGCGGUUCUUCUAGUCAACAAAAGCCUCAUAGUUCUGAUCGUUGUCAAUCGGCAACAGCUGCAAAAUCGACAGACGAUAAAUCACAAUCGACUUUCUCCAAACUUAAUCAGUUCAUUGAUAGCCUCUUGGGUUCUGAUAUUGAUAAAGAAAAACUACGACCAUGCUCCAAUUCAAUUAAUUGUCUUCAACAAACAUCAAAAGACCACUGUAACCGAUAUUCUCAUCCUUGUCGAUUCUCUGAACUUUGUCGUAAUCAAGAUAAAGAACCACAUUUAACACACGAGCCACAUCGAGUAGACAUCUGUUUACAUGGUAGAUCAUGUAAAAGUCUCGACGACGCUUUCCACCGAGCGGCGUAUCGCCAUACGGGUUUUCCUGAUUUUCUUGUUCCAUGUCGCGAUCAACGAGCUUGUCAAAAUCGAUCAACAGAGCAUCGAAUGAAAUAUUCGCACGGUGAAAAUGUCGAACGAAGAGGAACAGGUGACAAAUCACGUAAGUAUUUUUUUCUUUGA